AUGGCUGAAGACUCAGAGCUGUGGGAUGCAAUAUGUGAUGGGCCUUUUGUUCCCAUGAAAACUGUUGGUGAGGGAACAGUUACAAUCCCAAAAACAAGAAAAAAGUACAACGAUGCUGAUAGAAAGGCUAUUGAGAAGAAUUUUAGGGCAAAGAAGAUUCUUUCUGCUAAGGAGAUUUGGGAAGCUCUUCAAACUGCCCAUGAUGGAACUACUCUGGUUAAGCAGUGCAAAAUUGAUAUGCUUACUACUGAGUAUGAGCUUUUUAAGAUGAAGGAGGAUGAGUCUAUUCAAGAUAUGCACACACGUUUCACCUCCAUUAUCAAUGAGCUUCACUCCCUUGGUGAAAUCAUCCCAAGAAACAAGCUGGUUCGGAAAAUACUCAGUGUUUUACCAGGUUCUUGGGAAAGUAAAGCAAAUGCUAUCACUGAAGCCAAGGAUUUGCAGAAACUGACCAUUGAUGAACUCAUUGGAAAUCUCAAUACUUAUGAGAUGAAGAGAAAAAAGGAUCUGGAAAGAAGAGAGCCCAAGAAGGAGAAUAACCUGGUUCUCGAGGCUGCCAAUAAAGACUCAAGUAGUGAUGACUCCGACAUGGAGUAUCUCACUCGAAGAUUCCAAAAAAUGAUUCGAAAAAAUGGUGGAUUCCAAAGAAAAGAAGUUCCAGCAGGAAUUUCGAAGAAAAUGAUUGCUGCCAUAGGUGAUCAUUACAAAACCAACACUAAAAAGGCCACUAAAAAGAACCAGGUCCCUGAUAGAAAGUUCAAAAAAAGAGAUGAUGCUAACAACAUGUUGAAGCAAGCCCUAGUUGAUUGGGGAAAUUCCUCUAAUGAAUCUGAAGGUGAAAAUAUGAUGGUUGAUGACAAUAGAUCUUCAGAAUAUGAGUUAAUCUUUGCACUCAUGGCCAAAUCUAAUGAUAAUGAGGACAAGGAGGAAGAUGAGGUAAGUUUUCUUGAUGUUCAAAGAAAUUUGAAAACUUACUCUAAGAAAAAAUUGAUGUCCUUAGCAAAUGUGUUGAUUGAUGCCUAUCACAACCUCAUUAAUGAGAAGAAUUCUUUAGUAGAAGAAAUUGGUGGCAUUGAACAAGAGAAGGAUUAUAUGGGAGUUUCCAUUGUAGACUUAGAGGAAACCAUUGAGAGUAUUAAGAAAGAAAAGGAGGUUUUAACUAAGAGUAAUGCUAACAUUGAGCACGAGAGAGAUGAUCUAUUGGUGGUAGUUGUAAACUUGAAGGAAACAAUUGGGGAACUUAAAAUGAAAAGUAGGCCUGAGAAUUCUCAAAAAGGAAAGGCAGUUGCAAGUGAGGCACACAUUAAGCUUGAAAGUGAGUUAAAUUCAGUGAAGUCUAGUCUGUGUGCUGAGCUUGAGAGAAACAAACAAGUUCAAGAAGAACUAGGAAGAGUGAAAAAUGACUGGGCAUGUGAGUUUCUACUUGUGAACAAGUUGGUUAUGGAGGACCUGGCUCAUGGGCUGAAGCAGCCAACACUGCUUGCUACUUGA